CCUCUCCAUAAGAGCAGUGCUGCAGUGGUACAGGCCGCCCAGGCAGGUGGUGCAGUCACCGUCCCUGGAGGUGUUCCAGAGCUGUGUGGAAGUGGCGCUGAGAACAUGGCAGGUGUCUCAGGUAGUCUCAGCCAGGAUUUGGGAGCGAUGUCGCAACAACUCCUCUACCGUGCUCUGGUCUCUGCAAAAUGGCUUUCAGAAGCCAUCAAGUCCAAGCAAACUGGACAGGCUUUGAAGGUUGUGGAUGCAUCCUGGUAUUUGCCAAAGAUGAAGCGUGACCCAAAACAGGAGUUUGAGGAGCGCCAUAUCCCUGGUGCAGUUUUCUUUGACAUUGACCAGUGCAGUGAUCGUACUUCACCUUACGAUCACAUGAUGCCCAAGGCCGAUGAGUUUGCAGAGUAUGUGGGGAAGCUGGGUGUGGGGAAUGAUUCCCAUGUUGUGGUGUAUGAUGGCAGCGACCAAGGACUCUUCUCAGCACCACGGGUGUGGUGGAUGUUCCGCGUCUUUGGACAUGAAGCAGUUUCCCUUCUAGAUGGUGGCCUGAAGAACUGGCUGCGAGAGGGAUUUCCACUGAGCUCUGGGAAAACCCAGGUAGCUCCAACUGAUUUCCAUGCCACUUUAGACAAGUGCAUGGUGAAAACUUACGAGGACAUCUUAGAUAACUUGGAUUCCCAUCGUUUCCAAGUCGUGGAUGCGCGUGUUGAAGGACGGUUCCGGGGAAUAGAGCCAGAACCCCGAGAUGGAAUUGAGCCUGGUCAUAUCCCUGGCUCCCUGAACAUUCCCUUCACCAGUUUCCUCACAGAAUCUGGAUUAGAGAAGACCCCAGAGCAGAUCAGAAGUCUGUUCCAAGAGAAGAAAGUGGACCUCUCGAAGCCUCUGGUAGCUACAUGUGGCUCUGGGGUCACUGCCUGCCACGUGGCUCUGGGGGCAUACCUCUGUGGCAAGCCAGAUGUUGCUGUGUAUGAUGGGGCCUGGGUGGAAUGGUACAUGAGGGCACAGCCUGAAAAUAUUAUUUCUGAGGGAAAGGGGAAGACUGUGUAAUGAGCUGCUUCAUCUCUUAGUCAUACAGAUGCUCUGCCUUGAAACUGGAUUUGGGAAAAAGAUGAGUUUAUAUGUUCCUGGUUAAGUGUCAUAAGGUGAAGGUGUUAGGGAACACAUAUUGGCACACGGUGCUUUGCACUUUUGCCUUCUCUGACUCUUUAGGAGCAUAAAGAUGACCUGACCAGCCUGCUCUAGGUGACCAUGCAUAAGCAGGUGGGUUGUCCAAGAUGAUCUCCAGAGCUCUCUUUCAACCUCAACCAUUCUGUUGAUCUGUGACAACUUUGCAGUUUCACAUGGAGAGAGCACUGAUGGCACUGUGCGAAUGUUACUGUGUCAAGCCAAGCUUAUGACUCAAGACAUUCACCAUGUUUAGUCACAGGAUGGUAAUAUUUGUGUAUGUGCCUCAUGGUCUUACUCUCUGCCUUUGUCCUAGAAGCCAGCCAGACACAUCAGGACUAUUUUGGGUGAAAAGCCCAGGGGAAAAAAAAAAAAAUAAAGUUUUUAAAGGAGGAAGUGUGGCUUCCAAGUUGACACUCGCCAAAGUUAGAGAUAUAGUUUGCAUUUCUUGUAUUUGGAGUUUUAAGUGCAAUGUGUAUAUUUAGCCAAUUUUGUAUCCCUAUUGCUCGAAAUUCCCCCCCUUUA